AAGAAAGGCCUCUCGAAGCAGUACGAACCCUCGACCGGUACUUUCGAAGGUUUGGACGUUUUUGAAAAUAACAUCAAGCCUGCUUAUAGAAAAGCUGUGAUGAAAGUUCGACCAAUCUGUCAGACGGCCUGUCAACGUUUUAACAGUGAGAGAUUGGUCGAAGAUGUGGAAGAUGAAGGAGUGAACAAUAGAGAGAGCGUGAUUCCUCCACGAAGCACCAAAGAGAACGAAGACCCGGCAGAGCACGAAGAUUGCGUGCAAGAUAAUCCUGGCCAUUCCAAAGAUAGAAAUACAUUGAAGAAAGUCGGGUCGUUCUUUAAGAGCAUGUGGAAACCCGUUAAGAGAUCCGUGAAGAUGUGUAAAAUGGCCAGAAGUGAAGAAUGCGAGUACGUUAGGUUCGAGUAAGGAUCUCUUUGCUUCCAUAUGUCAAAUUCGACAAUAAGAUCUGCUCUGUGAUUUGCUGGAUCUAGGCCGAGUUGGCUAAUUGUAAGUGUGUAUGUAUGGCAACUUUAUUGUAUUCUACACCAAACACUUGGGAGAUUUUACGGUCUGGGUUUAUAAAUUGACACAAUAUCUAACCGCGAUUUCAUAAUAAUCCGCAAUUAAUGGCCGGACAACAGAAAAAAUGGAAACAUUUAUGUACAGUAUUAGCGUGGAAAUGUAUUACAGUAUAUUUUGAUGCGAUCGAUUUCGAUGCGAUUACAGAAAAGUCACGUUUUUAGGGUAUCGGGCAUAUUCCUGUCCAGGUACUCACAAUAAUACCUCCUGGGUAUAAGUUGCUGGUCUCUUGACACAGCGAAAGCAAUGGUAUAAAUGAACGUAGAAAUUAAAUUAUCCAGUAAUCUUACGUGAUUACGCGGACGGGAACAUGUUAAAAUAAUAGAAUCGACAAUGACAUAUUUGAUACAUACAUGACACGUGGCAGUAUGCAAUUAAUUGCGGUAAGCAAUAUCAUUUGGCACGUAACUUUAUUUCCAUUUUAAAAGGAAAUAAUAUUCUUAAUUUUGUUUUCAUUUAAAAAUAUUCAAAAAAUAACAAAAAGAAAUGAUAAAGUUUAAAAAUUAAUAAAUAAAAUCUAAAAAGCUCCUAAAAAUUGCAAAAAUAAUUUUCAAUUUAUAAGUAAAAAUUAAAAUAUUGGUUUUUCAUUCACUUUUAGAUAUGGUUUUUUCUGCAAACCAUCGAUGACUUCUCCUGAUUUUGACAUCCCGAUUGCGUCAAUGCCAAGUUCGAUUAUGACUUCCCAAUUUUGACUUUAUCCCGGCUGUGUCUCCUUAUUAUUGUCUUUUAGUCAAUUAUCAUUUACCCGAAUUGGUCUACACGAAUUUGGACUCUCGAUUUAUGUCUACUUCACGAAUCUGGACUCUCCCGAAUUACGUCUACCCCGAAUUUGACUCCUCAAUUGUGCCUGUACUCGAAUUGGACUCUCCCGAAUUAUGUCAACCCCGGAUUUGACUCAUGAAUGGUGUCUGCACUCGAAUAUGGACUCUCCCGAAUUACGUCUAUCUCGAAUUUGACUUCAGAAUCCUGUCUAUAUUGGAAUUUGGACUCUUCCGGCUUGUGUCUGUGCUCAAAUUUGACUCCCAAUUUUUGUCAUCCCUGGAACUUGGACUCUCCGGAAUUGUGUUUUAAUUUGUUAUUGGAACGACACGCUCAACAAAUUGAUAUUUGUUAUUCAGACACUAGUAAAAGGAUUAAUUGCAAAACAAAUUUUUUAUACAUAAAACGUUUGAUAAAUUAAUUGAUUAUUAAUAUAUUAAUUAAUAAUUUUAAUCUCAAUUAUAAAUUGUUGUAUAUUUAUAUUUGUAAAACAUUAAUAGUAAUUGUUACGGCCUAAUUAAGGCAUCCAAGCGAUAGUCGAGAGCUCUCGCACACAUUAAAAUAUGUGUUUGGACCUAUAUAAAUGUUAUUAAAAGUCUGUUUAAAAAUGCCUCGAUAAAGAAUAAAACUUAUGUAAUUUGUAAAAACAUAAUGUUUGCAAAAAUAAAACAGUUUCUGCAGAUCUAAUCUUUUUCUGUUCUUUUGUAAGCGCAUUCCUUUUAAGAAAGGAUGAUUUUAGAGAAACAGUUAAAGUGGCAAAGGCACACAUGCCACUCCGAGGGUUUUAUUUAUUUAUUUUUUUACUCGGUUUUCUGGGCACUAAGAGGGCCUCUUUAUUUACAAAGCCUGUUACGGGUUCGGCCAGGCCACGUGAGGCAUUGAUCAAUGACGACCCAUAAAUACUUGAGGUUCGGGGGUGUUCCUAAUACUGUUAUUGUGAACCAGCAGAUGAGCCCAGCGUUGCUCGGGAAAAAAGUAACGGUAGCAAAGAUUAAGGUUAUUAGAUUAUAGCCGAUCUUACCUGUUUUCACAGAGUGCAACAAUUAGGUUUCGAUACUAAGUGUAUAAAAUUUUUAGCUAUCUGCUUACCUCACUGGGAUAACGAUAAUUAAGGUUGACAGCCUUAA